GCAGUCUGUGAAAGCCACCGGUUGGCUGAGGGAGAAUGGCUGGGAGCCCCGGGGGUCCCUUUGCUUCUCCUGGGAGUUCUGUCCUCCUUCCCGCUGUUCAGAGAGUUUCUGCAGGGCUUUUCUUCAUAGCACUUUGGGGCACAGUUGUAGGUGACAGGCUGCUGGUGGUCCCUCAGGAUGGAAGCCACUGGCUUAGUAUGAAGGACAUAGUUGAGCGUCUCAGUGACCGGGGCCAUGACAUCGUGGUGGUGGUGCCAGAGACCAAUUUGCUUCUGAAGGAAUCGACACACUACAGAAGGAGAGUGUACCCGGUGCCCUAUGGCCAGGAGGAGAUGGAGGGCCGCUACCGCUCUUUUGGGAAUCAGCACUUUGCUGAGAGAUCCUUCCUGACGGCCGCGCAGACAGAGUACAGGAAUAACAUGGUUGUCAUCGACAUGUACUUCCUCAACUGCCAGAGCCUCCUGCAGGACUCGGGCACCCUGAGUUUCCUCAAGGGGAGCAGGUUCGAUGCUCUUUUCACAGACCCGGCCUUGCCCUGUGGUGUGAUCCUGGCCGAGUACCUGGGUCUGCCCUCUGUGUACCUCUUCAGGGGCUUCCCGUGUUCCUUGGAGCAUGCUUUGGGUGGAAGCCCGAACCCCGUGUCUUACAUCCCCAGGUGCUACACUCAGUUCUCAGCCCACAUGACGUUUCCCCAACGCGUGGCCAACUUCCUGGUUAACUUCUUGGAGAGCUAUCUGUUUCACUGUCUGUAUUCAAAGUACGAGGAGCUGGCCUCAGGCCUGCUCGGGAGAGAAGUGCGCCUGUCUGCCUUGUAUCAAAAGGACCCCGUGUGGCUGCUGAGGUACGACUUUGUGCUGGAGUUCCCCAGGCCAGCCAUGCCCAACAUGGUCUUCAUUGGAGGGACCAACUGCAAGAAGUGCCGUGUCCUGUCCCAGGAAUUUGAAGCCUAUGUCAACGCCUCUGGAGAACAUGGAAUUGUGGUUUUCUCUUUGGGUUCAAUGGUCUCAGAGAUUCCCCAGAAGAAGGCUAUGGAAAUUGCUGAUGCCUUGGGCAGAAUACCCCAGACGGUCCUGUGGCGCUACACGGGAACUCCUCCAUCCAAUCUCGCGAAGAACACGAAGCUCGUCAAGUGGUUACCGCAGAAUGACCUGCUUGGUCACCCGAAGACGCGCGCGUUCAUCACGCAUGCUGGCUCCCACGGCAUUUACGAAGGCAUAUGCAACGGGGUACCGAUGGUGAUGAUGCCCUUGUUCGGUGACCAGAUGGACAAUGCCAAGCGCAUGGAGACGCGGGGAGCUGGCGUGACCUUGAAUGUCCUUGAGAUGACUUCUGAUGAUUUGGCAAAUGCCCUAAAAGCAGUCAUCAAUGACAAAAGCUACAAGGAGAACAUCAUGCGCCUCUCCAGUCUCCACAAGGACCGCCCCAUUGAGCCGCUGGACCUGGCUGUGUUCUGGGUGGAGUUCGUGAUGAGGCACAAGGGGGCCCCGCACCUGCGCCCCGCCGCGCAUGACCUCACCUGGUACCAGUACCACUCUCUGGAUGUCAUUGGCUUCCUCCUGGCCAUCGUGCUGGGAGUGGCAUUUAUCGCCUUUAAAUGUUGUGCCUACGGCUGCCGGAAGUGCUUUGGGAAAAAGGGGAGCGUGAAGAAAGGCCACAAAUCCAAGGCACAUUGAGAGGUUGGUGGGAAGUAGGGUGAAAUUUUGAUCUAUCCUCCAAUCAAAGGUAAACUUGAAAAUAGGGUCAGUGUUAAAUUCUUUUUAUUCUUAUUAAAGAAAUAUUUUGCCAUAGUUAGACAUUCCCAGAGCAUUUUAUAAAAAGGAAAGUAAUUUAAUAGCUAGUUAAAGGUAGAUAAAGGUAUUAGAUACAAAUUCUGCGUCAGUAUUUUCAAUCUGGCUGUGCCUGUCUCCUCUCCUGUGGCUUACAGACAGCCUGGGCACUCUGGGUUAUUUUCCUUAUGCAGUCGUGUGGCCUGUUUGGGAACACAGGAUUCAAGGUUAGUCCCACAGUUUCCCCUACUUCACAUGGCGGUUUUCAUGCCACCAUCUUGGUUUGUGGACUGCUGUGGACCAGCCCGUGAGUCUCCAGUGACAGUCAGUCUUCACUUAAGUUCAGGUUCCUAGGAGGCACUUUUUAUAUCUGAAGAAGGAAGCCUGUAUAUGAGAGGGUGGGUCGGAGCCUUGAGAACAGUGUAUGAUUACUGACUUUGGGGAAAAAUAAUGAUGCUAUAAAAUUGAUGGACGAUGCAUUUGCAAGGAUGAUCAUUAUUUGUGUCAAUGAUAGAAACCAAGUACAUUUUAUCUGAUGUUUUUCACAACUAAAAAUUUGUGAAUAAAUUGGCAUAAAUUAUU